AUGUUACGUUUGAAAGUAUCAAGUGCACCUCUUAAAUGCCUAAAUGGUAGGCUAUUAAAUGUAUCAAAAAUUGGAACUCAGAUAUGCUUAUCCAAAAGAUUUGAAAGUGGUAAGGUAGAAGCCAAAGUUAAACCUCCUAUUAAUAUGUCAGAUGAAGAUGUCGACGGUUGGUUAAAAACAUUGAGUACAUUAAAGGAAGAAUUCUCGCAAACAGAAUAUUUGCCAGAACAUUCUUUAUCACCUCCUGGUCAAUCUAAAAUUGAUAUUGCUCAAGAAGCAGCCAAUAUGAAUAAGGAUUUUAUUCCAACCGAGGAGCAACUAUUAGAAUUGGACCUUGUGAAGUCACAACCGUUCAUGAAAAUGAAGGACCCGGUAUUGACACACAUUACAAAUAUGAUUAUGAAGGAUGGUAAGAAACAGAGGGCUGAGAGGACUAUAUCAAAAGCUUUGUAUAUAGUAUUUUGUAAGACAAGGGAAGAUCCAGUUGAAAUUUUGAAAAAAUGCUUAGAUGAUCUGGCUCCAUUGAUGCUUGUUAAGACAUUCAAUACCGGUGUGGCCAAAAGUGCCGUCAUUCCUGUGCCAUUGAAUAAGAGGCAAAGAGAUAGACUUGCUUGGAAAUGGAUAAUUGAAGGUGCCAAUAAGAGGGCAUCGAAUGAUUUUUCUGUUAGACUAGGUGAAGAAAUAUUGUCUGUCCAUGACGGAAACAGUUCAGGUUUUGAGAAAAGAGACCAACUACAUAAGACAGCCAUUGUGCAUAGAUCGUACAUCAAACUAAAGUGA